CGCGAUGCCGCUGGAGAACCUGGAGGAGGAGGGCCUGCCCAAGAACCCCGACCUCCGCAUCGCCCAGCUCCGCUUCCUCCUCAGCCUCCAGCCGCAGCGCCCCGACCCCGCCGUGCGCCAGGAGCUCAUGGCCGCCAUCCGCCAGCACGAUAUGGCGCCAUACUACGAAUCCCUCUGCAAGUCACUCGACUGGCAGGUAGAUACGGACUUGCUGAAUAAAAUGAAAAAAGCGAACGAAGAGGAGUUGAAACGCCUCGACGAUCAGCUCGAAGAUGCAGAGAAGAACCUGGGGGAGAGCGAAAUCCGUGACGCCAUGUUGGUCAAAGCGGAGUAUCUCUGCCGAAUUGGGGACAAGGAAUCUGCUCUGACGGCCUUUCGUAAGACGUAUGACAAGACCGUGGCUCUGGGACAUCGGCUAGAUAUUGUGUUCUACUUGCUCCGAAUUGGCCUCUUCUACAUGGACAACGAUCUCAUCACACGGAAUACUGAGAAAGCCAAAAGUCUAAUAGAGGAGGGAGGAGACUGGGACCGGAGGAACCGUCUGAAGGUCUACCAGGGCCUUUAUUGUGUGGCCAUCCGUGACUUCAAGCAGGCAGCAGAGCUUUUCCUGGAUACGGUUUCAACCUUUACAUCGUAUGAACUGAUGGAUUACAAAACCUUUGUAACGUACACAGUCUACGUCAGCAUGAUUGCAUUAGACAGGCCGGACCUAAGAGAGAAGGUUAUCAAGGGGGCAGAGAUCCUGGAAGUGUUGCACAGUUUACCCAAAGUGCGGCAGUAUCUUUUUUCACUCUACGAAUGCCGGUAUUCGGUUUUCUUUCAGUCGCUGGCUACUGUAGAGCAAGAAAUGAAGAAAGACUGGUUGUUUGCACCUCACUAUCGCUACUAUGUCCGGGAAAUGAGGAUUCAUGCCUAUAGCCAGCUUCUAGAAUCCUAUAGGUCACUUACGCUAGGCUAUAUGGCAGAUGCUUUUGGAGUCUGCGUAGAGUUCAUAGAUCAAGAACUUUCAAGAUUCAUUGCGGCUGGGAGACUGCACUGCAAAAUAGACAAAGUCAAUGAAAUAGUAGAAACUAACAGGCCUGACAGCAAGAACUGGCAAUACCAAGAAACCAUCAAAAAGGGGGACUUGCUGCUAAACAGAGUGCAGAAGCUUUCCAGAGUAAUUAAUAUGUAA